AUGGCAAACAUGGUGGGAAAGGUACUGGAAAGUCAUAAGAUCACUUUCCAUGAAGAUGAGCUGCCAGCGAAUGGAUUGAGUCAUAACAAAGCAUUGCACAUCACUUUACAAUAUAAAGAUAAGUUCAUUGCUCGAGUUUUGAUUGAUGGGGGUUCAAUUCUAAAUAUAUGCCCUCUAACUAAUCUGAAAAGUUUGGGCAUAGGUAUACCAGAGGUGCUGGAUAUAUCCUCUACCUAUAACUUGUUGUUGGGAAGACCAUGGAUGCACGUGGCUAGGGCAGUCUCUUCUACUCUGCAUCAGGCCAUGAAGUUCGAGUGGAAUCACCAAGAGACAACGCAACAUGAGGAAAGUGAUUCAGAAGAUUGGGAAAAUGAUGUAGUACAUGAGGAAAUUGUCAGGGAAGUAGAAAGUUUUGAGAACAAACCAAAGUCCAAUCUGGAAGAGAUUGAGGUAGUUAACUUAGGGGAUUCUGAAACAGUCAAUGAAACUCGCAUUAGCAUUUAUCGAUCACCGUCAAAGAAGAAAGAGUACACCAGAUUUCUAAAGGAAUAUGAGGACAUUUUUUCAUGGUCCUACGACGACAUGAUGGGGUUGAGCACAUCCACAGUGGCCUACAAGCUACCUAUCAACCCUAUGUGCCCACCAGUAAAGCAAAAACUCAGAAAAAUCAAGCCAGACAUGAGAUUGAAGAUAAAAGAGGAAGUUACCAAGAAGAUCAAAGCCAAGGUCCUUCGGGUGGUCGAAUAUCCAACUUGGAUAGCCAACAUUGUGCCGGUACUCGAAGAAUGGGCCACCAAGAACACAAAGAUAUUGACAUACCUAUACUGUGUGCAAGAUUUGAUCAAGAGGUUCACAAAGAUAGAGUGCAAACAUGUUCCUAGAAUUCACAGCGAGUUCGCGGAUGCAUUGGCUACCUUGUCUACCAUGAUACAACAUCCGGACAAGAACUAUAUUGAUCCUAUCCUAAUAGAUAUCUAUAAGAAGCUAGCUUACUGUGCUUGA